GUCAAAUGACAGAAAUGAUCUGCUUUAGUACGAAGUGCAAGUGGAGUGUAGUUGCAGUAACUUGUGUGGUGGGAUUAUAAAAUUGGAUUUGUGCUAAAUCAAUUUCGCGUCGUGCAUUCUUACUUGCAAUGGAUUACUCUCUACGAGAAGACGGUGACGAAUUUACAAAGCCUUUGAUACAACGUGCUAACGGUGAGAAAGUUGAAAAAGCGCCCAUCUGCGGCUCGUCGCGGUAUGGCCUGGCCCUGCUGGCCAGCUACGGCUUCUUUGUGGCGUACACCUUGAGGGUCAACCUGAGCGUGGCCAUGGUGGACAUGGUGCGCUCCAACAGGAGCGCCCCGGGCGGGGCCUCCCUCUGCCCCAGACAGAACCCGGAGCUGUUCCAGCGUAAACACAAGGCCAGCGUGUACGACUGGGACUCGGAGACGCAGGGCUGGGUGCUGGGCUCCUUCUUCUACGGGUACAUCCUGAUGCAGAUCCCGGGCGGGUACCUGGCGCGCAAGCACGGGGCCAAGUGGCUGCUGGGACUGGGCAUCGUGGCCACGGCGGUCUUCACCCUGCUCACCCCGCUGGCCGCAGACAUGGGCCCCGGCUACCUGAUCGCCGUCAGGGCGCUGGAGGGAGUCGGAGAGGGUGUGACAUUUCCUGCCAUGCACAGUAUGUGGGCUUCCUGGGCCCCACCCCUGGAGAGGAGCCGGCUUCUCACCAUAUCCUAUGCAGGAGCUCAACUGGGCACUGUUGUGGCCCUGCCCUUGUCCGGAUAUAUCUGCUAUUACUUGAACUGGACCUACGUCUUCUAUGUGUUCGGACUGGUCGGCGUGCUGUGGUUUAUCUUGUGGACUGCCCUGGUGAGCAACACUCCAGACACACACAAGAGAAUAUCAGAGGCGGAGAGACUAUACAUCACAAGGUCACUAAAGGAAGAGCUUUCCCCUUCUGUGGACUCUAUCCCCUGGUCCUCCAUAUUCUGUUCCCUGCCUCUGUGGGCCAUCAUAGUGGCUCAUUUCUCCUACAACUGGACCUUCUACACGCUGCUGACUCUGCUGCCGACCUACAUGAACAAUGUCCUGGGCUUCGGCAUUCAGCAGAAUGGACUGCUCUCGGCCCUGCCCUACCUGGGAUGUUGGGUCCUGGCUCUGUUCGGUGGACAGCUGGCUGACUACCUCAGAGAGACCUGCCUCUUCCCCACUGUGGCUGUGCGCAAGGCUUUUAGCAUCAUAGGGAUGGUGGGCCCUGCAGUGUUCCUGGUGGCGGCCGGGCACACGGGCUGUGACUACACCUCGGCUGUGGGCUUCCUCACCCUCUCCUCCGCCCUGGGGGGCUUCUCUGCCGCCGGGUUCAACAUCAACCACCUGGACAUCGCUCCCUCGUACGCAGGAAUCCUGCUGGGGAUAACUAACACAUUUGCUACGAUACCUGGGAUGGUGGGACCAGUCAUUGCCAGAGCUUUGACACCACAUAAUACCAUAGAGGAAUGGCGGACAGUGUUCUACAUCUCCGCCGCCAUAAAUGUCUUCGGUGCCACUUUCUACACCUUGUUUGGGAGUGGGGUGCUCCAACCCUGGGCUGCUAGCAAGCUCUCCUCUCACAGGAGCUGAAACCGCAGGAUUUGACCACUUUGUCAGUUGUCAGUAGUCAGCUGUCUCCAGUCUUGUAGUCAGUUGUCGAAAUCACACAACGAUUGGUCUGUUCUCUCUGUUAGCUAAUGGCAAGUUAGCCCACAGUGCUUUAUUUACAGUUCUUUACUGUAACAGCUAGUGAGGGAGUCGGCCAAAAUCAACCUGGUCUGGUCAAUUCAAGGGACAAACUACACCAGCAUCAGCUCCAACUGACUCUAAUCAUUGGCUGAGACUAGAAUCUCAAAUCAAAAUCCAAGUAGUAACUGACUAUAAUGUAACACUACGUUAUAGCGGCAGUAUGGCUUUGCAGCAGUGUAUUUCUUACGUAUGUCACCAAAUGAAGUGUGACAGAGCCAAUUAUGCUACUUUGCACAAAACUUUUAUUUUUGAUUUUCUUUUUUCAGUGCUUGUUUUCACAAGAGCAGGGACAAUCUGAAAAAGUACAAAUCAAUUUUUGUAUCAUUGCCUUAAUUUGUGCAAUCUCUGUUUAGCUUUGUUUUGUGUACGUAUAUCAGGGAUUAGAAACGGCUCACAGAAUGGAAACAACAAGCAAAACAAAUACAAUUUCUUUUAUGGAACAAAAAUGAAAACAAAGUCACUUUCAAGUGUUCUGGAGAGAGUAUUUGCAGAGUAUGUAAACCGGUUAAUAACCUUAUGUUAUGUUUUUUUUUCUCCAUGCAAAUCUCAGUCCAGUCCAGUAAAUGCCAUAACCUUACGCACUGUACGUGGAAUCUUCCUCUUAGGGGGGAAUCGGUUUGGUCAGUAAGGGCCUGGUAUGCCAUGGAAGACCUCUUCAGCUCAUGAGUGACCAAAUCUCACCAUAAUGUAGAAAAACCCCAAACGUCUGUCCCAACAGAUCAGAAACACUCUCCAGGAAGCAGACGUGGAUGUGUCAGCAACUACUGUCUGGAAGACUUCAGAAACAGAACUACAGAGGCUGCACUGGAACAUGCAGACCACUAGUUCACUGCACAGACCGUAUGGCCAUGUAGCUUUCAGUUUGCUCGGAGCUCCCUAACAUAGCCUGCAGAGUUCUGGAACAAGGUCUUGUGGACCGACAUGAGACCAAGAUUGUAUAGCUGCAAUUGUGCCUUUAUUCUAUUUUUUUUAUGUGAGCUUAACACUGGAACAGAAAUAUUAUUAUGCUGGUUUAUCUUUUUUUUUUUUUUUCAGAACGAAACAAAAUGAAAAAUAAUUGUAAUCCCUGAUAUGAAUGAACUAUGAUUGAAUUUACUGUCAUUAUAUAGGGAUAAAAUAGAAGGGAAAUUAAAGGGAAUAUAAAGGGAAAAAACUGAAAACUGUAAACAUGAAAGUUAAAUUCCAGAUUUACGUUUCACAAUGUUUUGGUUCUUUUCAAAUAAGUGCUUCAGCCAGAUUAAAAUGUCCCUAAUAUUUUAUGGGCUCCUGCUAUAACUGAAGUUUACUCAAAUAUUCUGGAUAAUUCUGGGAUAUUUGGACAGAUUGAUAAUCUGUCACUCUGUAACAUCUUGAUGAAUUCAUUGCCAUAAUCAAGACAAUUGUACUUACAAAAACCUCAUUGACACAGGCUGCAUCUGUUCUAUAUAUCUCCUUAAGAUUGAAAAUGGAUGUUCUGUUUCCAAAGGUGAAUUCUACAAUUCACUCAAUAACAGUUCACUCAAUAAUAAGCAAUGACAGAGAAGUAAAAAUGUGUCACAUAAUGUAUGUUUCUGCACACCUUUAAUAGAACAAUUGUACCCUUCAUGCAGACCGCCAAAAUAACAUGCUCGUAAUGUAUAAAAUGUAGUUUUUACAGUAGCUCAAGCUGUAUCUAGUUUGUGGGAUUCAGAAAACAUAAUCAUAAAAGGGGAAAGGUAGAAAACAUGCGUAGUAUGAGAUGUAGUUAAAUUGCAAUUGAUUCCUUCCAUGUCUGCAAGAAACGCACUCAAUCCUGGUCAGUACUUCAGAUUCCAUUAAGACAUUAUUCUUAAAGAUGUUUAGACAUCAGCAUAUGACAUAAUGAAAAAACACUAGGUUUGUCUGCUUGACCUUGUCGAAGCUGGAUGUUACACUGUACGGAACGGUGCUGUCUAUUUUAAAUUUUUAUGUUCUGCAAUAAAUAUGCUCGUGAAAAUAAUGAUUUUUUUUCCCUUUUUCUAGUAUAGUUUUCUAAUUAUUAUGUAUGCAUAAUUAAAUUGUCAUAUUGUAUGAUAUGCAGACAUCCUUGUGGCUUUAAUUGUGUGAUAUUGUUCUGUUUUUCCUGACACUAGACCAUUAAAUAUUCCCCACAGAACCAUGGCAGAGAUAGUGUGCUAUUUGCCCAGUAUUCGGUUUCAGUGCUUAAUGUUUUACUCCAAGAAACAAGUAUCCUGGAAGGUUAUUAUUUUAUUUGUAUUUUUUUAUCACAUUGCCCCUCACUAAAUCAUAAGAUGAAAUACUUCAGUUGCAGUUUAGCUAACCUGCAAGUACAAUAUUGGAGAUAAGCCUGUAUACCUAUGUAUUUUCACUGAAGCACAUAUUCAUCAAAUUGUCUGUGUAAAAUUGUGUUUUACUUAUUUCUUAAAAUGUAUGAAAUGUACCUAAUUUCCCAACCACAAAAAUAAAGAAUACAGUAUUUUACUAUC